GCCAAGAGAGGAAGGGGUGGGAAGAGCAGGUGGCGAUGGGCGACGUUGGGAGGACUCGUGUCCCGCCCAGGCAUGUGGUGAUGGUGGGCAUGCCCUCCCCCAGUGUGCGGUCUCCGGAGCUGCAGGAGAGGAUGGCCUACGUGGACCAGACCCUGGGGAGUGCCCCGGAUGGGAGUGACUUCCCCAUGGAGCUGGCAGAGGUCUGGAUGCGGCUCCUGCUCCCUCUCCAUGUCACACCUGCCCAGAACCCCCGGCCCGGUGCCCCCGGGAAGGCCCUGGUGGAGAACCUGUGUAUGAAGGCCGUCAACCCCCGUCAACCAGUCCAUAGGUGA